CACGUUUGGUUGAUGAUGACAUAAACCUUUCGAUUGAAGCCUUCUACUUCCGUUACAUUGUUUCCACCUUUCUAUAAUUAGUACUUGCGUUUCGUUCCAGCUUCUAUCUCUUCUUUUUUUGUCCCUACACAACUUUUUGAAACAACAUCAUAAGCAACACUGGAAUAAAUAAUGAAUCAAUUCUCAAGUUUGAGUUUCAGUCUCUUCCUGGAUCAUUCACCUGCAUGCAAGCUUCAAUGUCACAUGAAAAAGUUAUUAAAAUUUCUAUAAAGUCAGAACUUAUAAAAAGUUCUUCUCAUAAUUCACAAGCUAUGUCUUCUGUUUCAAUAAACAAAGAUCUCAGAAUUCCUCAAAAAUUGCGUAAAGACAGAAAAUUGGCUUUGAAGCAAGAUGUGGAUAGGUUGAAGAAGAAGCUUAAGCAUGAGGAGAAUAUUCACAAGGCAUUGGAGAGAGCUUUGAAUAGACCUUUGGGAGCUUUGCCUCGUCUUCCUCCUUAUCUCCCUCCCUAUACAUUAGGACUUGUGGCUGAAGUUGCGGUACUUGAAGAAGAAAUAAGAAGGCUUGAAGAGAUGGUGUUACAUUGUAGGAAGGAUUUGGAUCAAGAAGAAGUUAACAUGUCAUCCUCCAAGAUGAAAAUGGAGCAUUCACUUGAGAAUUCAAAAUUGGGCAAUGCUGCAAUUAGGUCUACAACAACACUUUCUGAUGAUAGACAAGGAAAAGAGAUUCAAUCUUGUACUCCUCCUUUCAAGAGCAGCAAACAAUCGACAUGUAAAGGCCCAACAGCAAAAGUAUCUAAUAAGAAAAUUCCAAUCAAUGAUAAAUCGUUGCGUAAACGAUCGGAACCUCCUAAAAAGAAGAAGCAGGAACUACGAAAUCCUCGUCUACAAGAAACUCCACAUAGCGAUGAAAGUCCGAAUAUAAUCUCUGAAAAUAUUCUCAAGUGUUUAACUAGCAUUCUCUUGAGAAUGAGUACACUACCUUUUAGGCCUCUAAAAGCUAAAAAAUGUAUUGAAGGAACAGAAUUUUUGGAUCCCUAUGGUAUAUUGGAAUUCGGAAAGAGAGAUAUUGGUCCAUACAAGCAAUUAAGUCCAAGUAAUAUUGAAGCUGAAUCUUUCAAUCCAACACAAACUGCUAAGUCUUUGUUUCUACUGCAUCGGUUAAAAAUUCUUUUUAGAAAACUAGCGAGUGUUAAUGUCGAUAAUCUCAACCACCAAGAGAAGCUUGCAUUCUGGAUCAACAUAUAUAACUCGUGUAUGAUGAAUGCUUUCAUAGAAAAUGGCAUACAAAAUAGUCCUGAAAAGGUUGUUGCAUUGAUGCAGAAGGCUACAAUAAAUGUAGGUGGAAACUUGUUAAAUGCAACAACCAUAGAACGCUGUAUUUUAAGGCUUCCAUAUCACUGGAAAUAUCUAAACACCAAACAGAUCGCAUUAUUAAACGAAGUGAAAAAUCAUGAAACGACAUUAAGAAGUACUUAUGGACUCGAAUUGUCAGAACCCCUAGUCUCAUUCGCUAUCUCUAGAGGAACUUGGUCAUCUCCCGCUGUUAGAGUUUACACAGCGCGGAAUGUUGAAAAGGAACUUGAAUUGGCUAAAAGAGAAUACUUGCAAGCAGCAGUUGGAAUUUCAACAUCAAAGUUUGUUAUUCCAAAGAUGUUGGAUUGGUAUUUACUUGAUUUUGCAAAAGACUUGGAAUCAUUACUAGAUUGGAUAUGCCUACAAUUACCAAAUGAACAAGGGAAAGAAGCAAUUAUGUUCCUUGAGAAAAGAAAAACCCAACCCUUCUCACAAUUUGUAAAAAUUAUGCCAUAUGAGUUCAGAUUUAGAUACUUGUUGUACACAUGAUUUUGUUACAAUUUUUUUGUAUAUUUUUUAAAUGGCAUUGGGGAAAUGAUUUGUAUACAGCAUUACAGCUCUAGAUCAUAGUCACACACAUAAAAUAUUUACAUAUAUUUCAUCUA